AUGCCCCGGUGGGUGGCAAGGAGUGUCGCGCAACAGCCGGGGCGCGGAGUCUACUGCGGAGACCGAGGAACUCCAGACCUGUCUGUCCCUUGCCCUGGAGGGCACUACUGUAGUGUGCAAAGCCCAGCAGCGAUGCCGUGCCUACCUGGUACUUACUGUCCGCCUGGAUCGGCAAUGCCCAUCCAAUGCCCUGGAGGGUCAUUCUGCCCUAUGAUGUCGGCUGAGCCUAGCGCCUGCCCUCAAGGUUUCUUCUGCCCUGAGGGAGCAAGAACUCCUGUUGCUUGCCCUGCUGGAAGUCGAAUGAAUCCGUAUGACAUGUUGCGAAGCUCGUCGAGCACUGCUUGUGAGCCAUGUGCAGAGGGAAGUUACAGCGACUCCGAUGGGAGUGCAGACUGCACUCCUUGCCAGCCUGGCUAUCUCUGCCAGGAAGGCUGUAGCAGCAAGUACGCUAUAGAAACUCCCUCAGGAAGCCAUUUAUGGCUGCCGCGUCGCAAUAUGCGGAUGCGUUCUGCAAGAUAA